AUGGCAUCGAAAGAAAAGCCACAGCACCUGGAGCCUUCAAAACUUGGCACAAAACAAUACUGGGAUGACCUCUACACAAAUGAGAUAUCAAACCAUUCUGCCGACCCCUCCGACAUUGGAACAGUUUGGUUCGACGACUCAGAUGCUGAAGCAAAGAUUCUAGAGUUCCUAGACGGGCUGAUCGACCCUGCUGACCCAGAAUCACCGGUCCUUACCCACGACAAAACUACCUUUCUCGAUCUCGGCUGCGGCAAUGGCUCCUUACUCUUCUCUCUCCGUGAAGAGCAUUGGUCCGCGCGUGCUCUUGGCGUCGACUACAGCCCCCAAAGCAUCGCUCUCGCGCGUCAAAUUACAGCUACAAAGGAGGACCUUGAAGCACCCGUCGAGUUUGAAGAAUGGGAUCUUAUAGCUGGGUCUUAUGGCCCAGUGCUCAACGGCGAGCAGAUUCAAGGUUGGGAUGUUGUGCUUGAUAAGGGAACGUUCGAUGCCAUUUCUCUGAGUGAUGAGAGGGACACUCAAGGACGACGGCUGUGUGAGUGCUAUCGUGAACGAGUGCUGCCACUUGUUCGGAAAGGCGGCAUCUUUCUGGUAACCAGCUGCAACUGGACCGAGACUGAGCUGAAGGGUUGGUUUGAGAAGACUGGUGUUGAGGGAUUUGAGGUCAUUGGCAGAGUAGAAUAUCGAUCUUUCAGCUUCGGAGGCCACAAGGGUCAAACCAUCAGCACACUCUGCUUUCGCAGGGUAUGA